UUAUAUCGAGUUACGCAUCGUUUGCAAUCUAACAAACAGAUUUUGCCAUUCGUUAUCAUUCAUGUAUGAAAGAUUUCUGGGAAGAACUUGAAAUAUCGGAUCAAUCACAAUGGAUUCUUUUCGCUUGCGUCGCCCAUCGUUUUCGCGUCUCACCUCAUUAGCCAAACAGGAGCCAUUAAUUGUCGUGGAAGAGUCCAAUGUGGCCGAAGAAGAUGAUAGAGAAAGUUCUGGAACUUAUUCGAAUAGAGCCAGUUUGGAUAUUGAUUCACCGGUUAAUCCAUAUUUGCUUUCGCCAUGGCGUGAUCCGCGUGAGGGACGUAAGCAUUCAUUGCCUUCGCAACAAGUUACCGAAGGCAUAACCGCUAGUCAGGUACGUCGUCUAUCUGAUCGGGGCGGUGCUGGACCUACACCGAGAGAGGCAGCCUUUUUGGCCACACUUUCGCAGGCGCCAGCACCAUCGGGUCGACGGCACUCGGUUGUUACCAUUUCGAAAGUGCCGCCAACUUUAUUUGGCCGCUCGCGUCGGGAGUCGGUAGCCGCUAUACCAAGCACUGGCCGCGUGUUGAGCUCGAGACGAGAAAGUAGCACUUCAGCUGGCCCACCAUCCACAGAUCCGAUAGGCAGCAUUCACAAUUUGCAAUUGGAUAUCAUGGAUGAUAUAGUGCAGUCGCGUAAGGCGCGCAUGAAACUUUGGACAACCAGUAGCGAGAAAGUAUGCGAAGUAGAAACGUUAAACGAGGUUGGACAAUCUGGUACCACGCCGCAGCGUUACACAAAUCGACGCUUCUCCGAAUGUGUCGGUCCGCAACCAUUAGUAUCGCCAAAUAUACGCAGAGCUUCAGAACAUCCCGCCAUUAUCUCACCGAGCAUUAUACAAUCGCACAGCAAUCGUUCCUCUGUUAAGGAUAAAAAGAAUACCGGCUGGAAUUUUGGCAGUCGACCAGAUAUUAGUUCAAUUUUCAAUACACUUACGUCUUCGGCGAUGGAAAUUAAUAAAUAUGACGAUGCACAGGGUUCAGUUAUCUCAUCGACAAAAACUAAAACAAAUCUUAAUGCCAGCCAGGCAGCAUCAAGUAACAGUUCAAAUUUGCUCGAUCCUAAUGUUGGCCGUUCAACACGUUCGAACAGUUUCGAUGUAUCCAUAUUGAAUAAUGCGAAACAAAUGGUAAGUGAUGCGCAAGACAACAGUUCGGCUGCGUUGUCCGGUUGGUUCGCCAAACGACAUGAGCCUAUGGCCCGAAAGAAAAGUGUACGCAGUAAAAGUACAGCAAUGGCCCUUUCGAAAGAAAUGAUGGAACGUCUACAAUCUAAGGACGUGUUACGCGAAAGUAAACCAAAAUUGAAACCGCGCAGUAAACAGAAAAGCUGGACCGAGCAAACCAAAGAAGCCAUUGUCGAUGCUACCGCUCUUGGCUCGGCUAUUGAAGGCUUUCUGCGCAAGAAUUCAACAUCAGGGCCAUCGAGUAGUAGCGGUACUGCAACAACUACAUCGAAAGGCAGCGGUAAGGGAGCAGUACCCAAAGAUCAUGGCCCAUCGCGUCGCAAUCGACCCCAACAGCAGGCCACAAAUGCUGUACGCUCUACAUUGAAUUGGUUUAGCAAAACAAAUGAGGACGACUCGAAAGACAGCUGCGAUGCUUCGCUUUGUUCAACAUUAAAAGAUUUAUUUGUCAAAUAAUUAACAGUGAAGUCUUUAUUUAAAUUGAAAUAAUUUUCACGAAUAUUGGCUAUAAACGGAUUCAAUAAUAUACGUAAGUAAACGCGAGGUAAAGUUUACAACUUAUAUGUUAUUUUCUUUUAUUAGAUGAGUGAAAAUGUAAUGGAAAAUUUUGAAAAUA